AUGGAGGACCAGUUGACGUUGCGCACCCUCCGGCUGCUAACCGACUACCUGGAGCACUGCGCCCGGAGGCCCAGCUGCGCCCCGCGCCCGCCGUCCUCGCUCGAGGCCGCGGUGAUGCGCUCCCUCUCCUCCCGGAUACAGGAGCACUACCAGCUCUCCUGGACCCGCUUCCGCCGAAGUCCGGGUAACCGCGUGGAGAUGGUGGCGACCGCGAUGCAGAACGUAUUUCGACACCCCCGGGGCCCCAGCUGGGGCCGAGUGGUGGCGCUCGUGGCUUUCGCGGGGUUCCUGCUGGAGAGACCGCCGGCAAGCCACACGUGGGCGCUGAAGGAAUGGAAUGCCAGGGUUGACCGGGACUGCCAGAGCCUGGUGACCUUGCUGUGCGCUUGUCUCACGGGGCAGCACCGCACCUGGCUGGAGGCGCAAGGCGGCUGGGAUGGCUUUUGCCACUUCUUCAGAGUUACACGGUCACGUUGGAGGAAAGUGAUGGUUCCGUUUCUUCUGUCAUGCCUUACACUAACAAUCAUAACCUAUUUGUGUAAAAAUUGA